AUGAACUAUCCAGGUACAAGCUCUGGCCAUGCAAAUCCAGUCAAUCCCAUAGACCCUCAGCACAACCAUAGUAUCGUUCAGAUCCCUCAACAAUUACCACCAGCGCCACCACCAAUGCCACAACAACCAAACCAUCCUCGUUUAGAUCUACUUCGAGGACCUAGAGAAGAAUACACCAAGAUAGGUGUUCCGCUUUAUGAAGCAGCAAUCAAAGGAGAUUGGAAUGCAGCGAAACUCAUUCUUGACAAAAACCUAGAUCUGGUACGUUGUGCUAUCACCGAAAACCAUGAAACACUGCUUCAUGUGGCAGCGUCAGCAGAAAGGACCAAAGCUGUGAAAGAAUUUGUGAUAAAUCUAGUAACUAUGAUGAAAAAAGAGGACUUGGAGUUACAAAACAAAAAUUUGAACACUGCCCUCACUCUAGCAGCUCAAGCAGGAAAUAUAGAAACAGCAAAGAUACUGGUGAAAAAGAAUCGAGCAUUGAUUGAAAUCAUUAAUAUCAGUGGAAUUACGCCACUCUAUAUGGCUGCUUUGUUUGCAAAACCUGAUAUGGUGAAUUAUCUAUAUGGUAUCUCUAACAAAAUGAAUGGCGAUUGUUGGACACCUAACAAUCGGGGUUGGGUCCUACAAAAAUGUGUUGAAGCUGAUAUCUUUGAUGUUGCUAUACAAAUAGUUAUUGAUCGCCCCGAACUGUGUGAUAACAAGCCGUUACUUACCGAUGUUCUCUUAGCUUUGGCUCAGAAGACUAAAGCAUUUGAAAGAAAUAAAUUAAAUGUUUUCUUAAGUGGCAUCAAGUCAAUUUCUGCAUUGUUUCAUGUGAACUUAUGGCCCCAUGAAAAAGAUGGUGAAUUAGCCUUGCAAUUGCUUAAAUUAAUUUGUGAAAAGCUUUCCAAAAUGCACAAGAAUGAUAUUGAUGACAUAAUCCGAGGGCCGUCUGUAUGGGUUGAAAAGGAAAAUAAAGAAAAAGAAUGUGAAGGCCUUCCAUUAGUAAAACUACUUUUGGAAAAGCUGGACCAAAUGCCUAAGAAACAGAUUGAAAAGGAAAAUAAGAGCGAUACUGAAAAUAAAAUAAAGACGAACCCUUCGCGAGUACUUUUUCUUGCUACUAAAAUGGGCAACACACGCUUUAUAAUUGAGCUCAUUCGCAUAUAUCCUGAUGUGAUAUGGAAAGUAGAUGACAAAGGGAAAACUAUAUUUCACUUGGCGAUCAAACGUCGUCAAGAAAAGAUCUACAAUCUGUUAUAUGAGAUUGGUGCUAUGAAAGAUUUAAUAACUCCUAUUAAAGACAAAAAAGGAAAUAACAUGUUGCAUAUGGUCGCAAAGAGUGCCAAGCAAACACGAUUUCAAAGUGUGUCUGGAGUUGCUUUACAAAUGCAAAGAGAGUUAUUAUGGUUCAAGGAGGUAGAGAAUAUGAUCCCACCUCAACACCGUCAAAGGAAGAAUGCAGCUGGUGAAACACCACGCGACUUGUUCACGAAGAAACAUGCAGACUUGGUAACCAAAGGCGAGAAUUGGAUGAAAGAUACAGCAUCUCAAUGUAUGGUGGUUGCAACCCUCAUAGCCACCAUCGCAUUUGCAGCCGCCUUUACACUUCCGGGUGGAUACAACCAAAACACCGGUAUUCCUUUCUUCCGCAAAGAGCCAGCCCUCAUUAUUUUUGUGAUCUCAGAUGCAGUUUCUUUAAUAUCCUCAUCAACAUCAGUCCUCAUAUUCUUAUCUAUCCUCACAUCACGUUAUGCUGAACAUGAUUUCUUGACAUCUUUACCGAAUAAACUAAUGACCGGUCUUGCAACACUCUUUUUAUCUAUUGUAACCAUGAUGGUGGCAUUUAGUGCGAGUUUCUUUGUACUUUACAAUAAGAAGCUGCAGUGGGUGCCCAUUACUAUCACCGGUUUAGCUGGCAUGCCAGUCAUUAUAUUUGCCAUACUACAAUUUCGUCUUCUAGGGGAUGUUUUCGACUCGACAUAUCGAUCUAGAUUUCUCUUUAAGCCCAAGAAACGAGUCCUUUACUAUUAAAACCUUUGUGCAUUUCUUGUCUUCAAACGCUCAUGUACUAUAUCAACCACUUUGUAUUAUUCAUCGUCCUAAAGGUUUUCUUA